AUGUCACAAUGGGCGGAGGGUAAACGACCCCUCGCCAAUGGAACAUCGGUAUCAUCCCCGGGUGGAUAUAUGAUUCGAACCCAACUCGGACCUCUCUGGACAAGCUUGGUGCUUCAGGCCCGAACCAUGGUACAGGAUUUGCCGUGCCACAUGCCGCUACCAGAAGAGGAAACCUCAGAGCCCUUUACAAGUCUCCAACAAGCUAGAAAGGCUCUCGAUAUUCUCCUGGCUUACGUCGUCCCGGAUUCAGUGUCCCGCAAGCUGGAACGUUCACUACGCUACUCCAAGUCCUUGAACCUCGAACGCCGUCUGGCAGAAUGGUUGCAAAAUUUUGAUGCUUUUCUCUCUACCCAGGAUGUGGAGGAGCAAGAGAGUCCAAGGGUCACGAUCAUGAAGCUCUGGCAUCACAUUGCGCAUAUGAUCUUUAUUGCCAGCUUCUCUGAUGACGAGAUUUACUUUGAUUCGUUUGUGGAGGAUUUUACAAAUAUUGUGAACAAGGCGGGUGAGCUUUUGUCUUCAACAGCAACAACACAGUUCUCUGUCGAUAUCGGAACGGUUCCGCUCUUGUACUACGUAGCACUCAAAUGCCGUCAUCCGCUCGUUCGUCGUCGCGCCGUCUCGAUAUUGACGGCGGCUCCAAGACGAGAGGCAGUUUGGGAUAGUAUAGGUGCUUCUCUUGUGGUUGAGGAGGUGAUCCGUGUGGAGGAGGAGGGGCUGGGGCAGGUUUGUACUCAGUUUGACAUUCCAAGUUCGUCUCGAGUCUGCAACAUGGAUAUUGUCACUGAUGUAGAACAUCGGAGAAUAUGGGUCAAGACUCUGAAGCAAGGGACUUGUAUUUGGAGUGAGGAGAAGGUUUUGACAUGGUAA